AUGCUCUCAGUCUUCUUGGGAAAUGUGUCUCUCAUAUUUACCUACCUCUCAAAAAAUAGAUUCGAACUUCUUGAUGGACCUCCUUAUGCUAAUGGAGCGGCACAUACUGGACAUGCUAUUAAUAAGAUUCUCAAGGAUUUUAUCGUCAAAAGCCGAAUCGCAUUGGGUUACAAAGUUCGAUUCCGACCAGGUUGGGAUUGUCAUGGUUUGCCUAUAGAGCUGAAGAUUACCAAAAAUGUACAGGUUAGUAGAGUUUUGUUAGAAUUUGGUUGAGC